CCUCAUAUAUAUCCAUCCUUGUCGUUGGAUUCUGAAUUUGAGUACUAUAUUGAGGCAUGGUGAUCGUUUUUUACCUCACACAAAAACUGAGCUACUAUGUCGUAUAUUUUGUUGUGACAGUGCAAUCAACGAACACACACCCCAGUAGCUUCCAUGGCCGUGAAAAACUUGUGCCCAAGCUCAAGCAGCAGAGCUCAUCAGCUGCUUCUGCUCUUCUUCUGCUUGGCCGUGUCACUGCACGUCCCUCGUGCCAGUUCUCUCUCCUUCAGCUACAGCGCCUUCAACCCCGAUGACUUCAAGCCGGAGGCCGACGCGAGGAUCAAAGACGGCAGGCUGGAGCUCCUCGGCGACGAGUUCGCAGCGCGUGCCAGGGGCCGGGCGUGGCACAAGCAGCCGAUGCAGCUCUGGGACGGCGCCACCGGCAAGUCUGCCAGCUUCGCCGCGAACUUCACCUUCAGCAUCCAGUCCGUGCCCGCCGGCAAGGGCGUUGCCGGCGUCGGGCACGGCAUGACGUUCUUCCUCGCGCCGUACACGCCGGACCUGCCGCAGGAGUCCUACGACGGCUGCCUCGGCCUCUUCGACGAGAACCAGAAGGGCAACUACGCGACGAUUAACGCGUCCGGCGACGCGAGGUUCGUCGCCGUGGAGUUCGACACCCACCAGGACCCCUGGGACCCGAGCAGCCGACACAUCGGCGUCGACGUGAACAGCAUGGACUCCCGCGGCGACUAUAAGGUCUUGCCUGACGGCAGCCUCGUCGACGCCGGCGUGAUGUCCGCGACGGUCGUGUACGACAACAGCACGAGGCGGCUGGACGUUGCCCUGAUUGUCGGAAGUGACAUUUACACCGCCGCAGCGACCGUGGACUUGCCAAGCUUGCUACCCGAGCAUGUUGCCGUCGGCUUCUCGGCAGCGACCGGGGACGCGUACGCCAGCAAUCACACCGUGCUCUCGUUCUCCUUCCUCUCGACGCUGCCAACCAAGAACAGCACCUCCUUAGCUGCUUCCUCCUCCUCCAAUAAGAGCACCAUAGAGCUCGGCGCCGGGGUGGCCGCAGCUGCCUUGCUGGUGCUCCUACUCGGCGCCGCCGUCGCGGUGUUACUAGUUCGGCGAAGGGGCAAGCAACCGUACGACGAAGAGAAGCUGACCACGGACGGCGACGACUCCCUCGACGCCGUCGACGACGGCGACUUCGAGUCCAGCACGGGGCCCCGCCCCAUCCCCUACGCGCAACUCGCGGCGGCCACGAAGGACUUCGCGGUGGAGGGGAAGCUGGGUCAGGGCGGGUCCGGGGCGGUGUACCGUGGCCACCUGAAGGAGCCCGGCCGCGACGUCGCCAUCAAGGUGUUCUCUCGGGGCGCGUCCAUGGAGGGGAGGAAGGAGUACCGGUCCGAGGUGACCGUCAUCAGCCGGCUGCGCCACCGGAACCUGGUGCAGCUCAUCGGCUGGUGCCACGGCCGGAGGCGGCUGCUGCUGGUCUACGAGCUGGUCAGCAAUGGCAGCCUCGAUGGCCACCUCUACAGCACGGAGAUGACGCUGACAUGGCCGACGAGAUACCAGAUAAUUCUUGGGUUGUCUUCCGCCGUGCUGUACCUCCACCAGGAGUGGGACCAGUGCGUCGUCCACGGCGACAUCAAGCCGAGCAACAUCAUGCUGGACGACUCCUUCAACGCCAAGCUCGGCGACUUCGGCCUUGCGCGGCUCAUCGACCAUGGCAUGAGCCUGCAGACGAUGACCGCCGUCGCCGGCACGCCGGGCUACCUGGACCCGGAGUGCGUCAUCACCGGCAAGGCGUCAGCCGAGUCCGACAUGUACAGCUUCGGCAUCGUGAUGCUUGAGAUCGCCUGCGGGCGGCGGCCCAUGGCGGCCCCCAGCGCCGGCGAGGGGAAGGACGGGCAGGUGUUCCGGCUGGUGGAGUGGGCGUGGGACAUGCACGGCCGCGGCACGGCGCUCGGCGCCGCCGACGAGCGGCUCGGCGGAGCCUUUGACCCGUGGGAGGUGGAGCGCGUGGUCGCCGUCGGGCUCUGGUGCGCGCACCCGGACCCAAAGAUGCGGCCGGGGAUCAGGCAGGCCGCCGAGGCGCUGCGGUCAAGGAAGUUCAGGAUGCCGCUGCUGCCGCCCAAGAUGCCGGUCGCCGUGUACCUGCAGCCGUUCGGUGCUUCCACCAUGCAGUUCAGCGACACCACCGACUCUGUCGGGUCCAUGCCGUACGCCUCGACGACGAGCCACGCCACGGCGACAGGGACGUCCAGCUCCAGUUCGCCGCCGGCGGUCACAGAGCACUUGAGCCCAAAAGCAUAGUCUGGCUAUAUAUCGGUAUGCGUAUAGUGUAAUUUUGGUCAGAGCAUAAUAUUUCUGAAGAAGUUACGUGCAGUCGCUGAUGGAAUAAAUAAGAGUUUCAGUUUUAAAUUAA